ACUUCGGGUGCCGCCAUGACAGGCUGUGGCCGGAAGAAGAGGCAGGGCGUUGCCAUGACAGAGACGGACUGGAAGACCUAACGCUGCCUGCCUCCGCUGCCACGCCGGACUGAGACCGGAAAAGACAAGGCCGGCAAGGCGGGCUGGGUGCCACCAUGACAACCUGAACCAAAAAAAGCGAGCCCUCCUCCUUGACUACACCAGCACCACCUGUCACGAGGGGCGAAGCCUGGACCCUGCGGAGGCGGGGUCGGGAGCUCUGGAGUUCAGGAGGCGGGGCCCGUUGCGGGGGCGGGGCUAGUGAGGGGCGGGGUCGGUCACCGCCCCGGAACACAACCACACCGGACAAGAGCCUUAAUGUGAUAGAUAAGAAUUACGAAAACUAGCCGGGCGCGGUGGCUCACGCCUGUAAUCCCAACACUUUGGGAGGCGGAGGCGGGCGGAUCACCUGAGGUCAGGAGUUCAAGACCCAACGUGGUGAAACCACGUAAAAAUACAAAAACUAGCUGGGCGUGGUGGCACAUGCCUGUAAUCCCAGCUACUCGGGAGGAUGAGGCAUGUUUUUAUUUUCUUGGCUGAAAAGGAGUAGCCUGAGAAGUAAGGUGUAGGAAGCCUUGGCCAUGGGACCAAUAGCCUCAUCUUAAAUUCCUGAUCUCUGGAGGACAUCAGGGCCUUCUACCUGUUCCAGUGUGACCUGGGAGUCUCUCCAGCUCCAAGGCGGAGAGAUGGCUUCACUGAACACGGAGUCUGGAAUUCCAUGCACACUCAUGUGAGCGGUGUUCCGGAAAAAGAAGCAGGAGGCGGCUGGGUGCGGUGGCUCACGCCUGUAAUCCCAGCACUUUGAGAGGCCGAGGCCGGCGGAUCACGAGAUCAGGAGUUCGAGACCAGCCUGGCCAACAUGGUGAAACCCCAUUUCUACUAAAAAUACAAAAAUUAGCCGGGAGUGGUGGUGGGCGCCUGUAAUCGCAGCUACUCGGGAGGCUGAGGCAGGAGAAUCGUUUGAAACCGGAAAGCGGAGGUUGCAGUGAGCUGAGAUCCUGCCCAUUGCAUUCCAGCCUGGGCAACAAGAGCGAAACUCCGUCUCAAAAAAAAAAAAAAAAAAAAAGCAGCAGCAGGAAGGACCCACUGAGUACAGGAAGCCGACAGGGCCUGCUCUGGAAAACCAGGAGCUGUAAGGUCAGCCGAAAGGACGAAGAGACCUGAAGUCAAUCAAACGGAGUUCCACUCUUGUUGCCCAGGCUGGAGUGUAAUGCCAUGAUCUCAGCUCACUGCAACCUCCGCCUCCCGGGUUCAUGCGAUUCUCCUGCCUCUGCCUCCCAAGUAGCUGGGAUUACCAUUGUCCGCCACCACGCCCAGGACUCAGUGGCCUUUGAGGAUGUGGCUGUGAACUUCACCCAGGAGGAGUGGGCUUUGCUGAGUCCUUCCCAGAAGAAUCUCUACAGAGACGUGACGCUGGAAACCUUCAGGAACCUGGCCUCUGUCGGAAUCCAAUGGAAAGACCAGGACAUUGAGAAUCUGUACCAAAAUCUGGGGAUUAAGCUAAGAAGUCUGGUGGAGAGACUCUGUGGACGUAAAGAAGGGAGUGAACACAGAGAAACUUUCAGCCAGAUUCCUGAUUGUCACCUGAACAAGAAAAGUCAUACUGGAGUGAAACCAUGCAAAUGCAGCGUGUGUGGGAAAGUCUUCCUCCGUCAUUCAUUCCUGGACAGGCACAUGAGAGCUCAUGCUGGACACAAACGAUCUGAGUGUGGUGGGGAAUGGAGAGAGAAGCCCCGUAAACAGAAACAAUGUGGGAAAGCCUCCACUUCCCCCAGUAGUGGUGCACGGCGCACAGUAACACCAACUCGAAAGAGACCUUAUGAAUGCAAGGUGUGCGGGAAAGCCUUUAAUUCUCCCAAUUUAUUUCAAAUCCAUCAAAGAACUCACACUGGAAAGAGAUCCUAUAAAUGUAGGGAAAUAGUGAGAGCCUUCACGGUUUCCAGUUUCUUUCGAAAACAUGGAAAAAUGCAUACUGGAGAAAAACGCUAUGAAUGUAAAUACUGUGGAAAACCUAUCGAUUAUCCCAGUUUAUUUCAAAUUCAUGUUAGAACUCACACUGGAGAAAAACCUUACAAAUGUAAACAAUGUGGUAAAGCCUUCAUUUCCGCAGGUUACCUUCGGACCCAUGAAAUCAGAUCUCACGCGCUGGAGAAAUCCCACCAAUGUCAGGAAUGUGGGAAAAAACUCAGUUGUUCCAGUUCCCUUCACAGACAUGAAAGAACUCAUAGUGGAGGAAAACUCUACGAAUGUCAAAAAUGUGCCAAAGUCUUUAGAUGUCCCACGUCCCUUCAAGCACAUGAAAGAGCUCACACUGGAGAAAGACCUUAUGAGUGUAAUAAGUGUGGUAAAACCUUCAAUUAUCCCAGUUGUUUUCGAAGACAUAAAAAAACUCAUAGUGGAGAAAAGCCAUAUGAAUGUAAAAGGUGUGGUAAAGCCUUUGGGUGGUGCAGUUCCCUCCGAAGACAUGAAAUGACUCACACUGGAGAAAAACCCUUUGAUUGUAAACAAUGUGGUAAAGUCUUUACUUUUUCAAAUUACCUUAGACUUCAUGAAAGAACUCAUUUGGCCGGGCGUAGCCAGUGCUUUGGCAGGAGGCAGGGGGAUCACCUGAGCCCAGGAGUUUGAGACCAGCCUGGGCAACAUAAGAAGGCCCCAUAUCGGCCGGGUAUGGUGGCUCACGCCUGUAAUCCCAGCACUUUGGGAGGCCGAGGCAGGUGGAUCACCUGAGGUCAGGAGUUCAAGACCAGCCUGGCCAACAUGGCAAAACCCCAUCUCUACUAAAAAUACAAAAAAUUAGCUGGGCAUGGUGGCGGGCACCUGUAAUCCCAGCUAAUCAGGAGGCUGAGGCAGGAGAAUCGCUUGAACCUGGGAGGCGGAGGUUGCAGUGAGCUGAGAUCGUGCCAUUGCACUCCAGCCUGGGCGACAAAAGCGAGACUCCAUCUCAAAAAAAAAAAAAAAAAAAAAAAAAAAUUGCAUGGUGGCUCACGCCUGUAAUCCCAGCACUUUGGAAAACCUAGGUGGGCAGAUCACGAGGUCCAGAGAUCGAGACUAUCCUGGCCAACAUGGUGAAACCCCGUCUCUACUAAAAAUACAAAAAUUAGCCAGGCGUGGUGGCGUGUGCCUGUAGUCCCAGCUACUCGGGAGGCUGAGGCAGGAGAAUCGCUUGAACCAGGGACUUGGAGGUUGCAGUGAGCCGAGAUCACGCCACUGCACUCCAGCCUGGUGACAGAGUGACACUUCGUCUCAAAACAAAACAAAAAAAAGAUGGCCCCAUAUCUCCAAAGAAAAAAAAAAUUAACUGGGUGGGGUGGUGCAUCCCUGUAGUUCCAGCUGCUCAGAAAGCUGAGGCGGCAGGCACCCUUGAGCCUGGGAGGUUGAGGCUGCAGUGAGCUGAGAUCGUGCCACUGCACUCCAGCCUGGAUGACAGAGUGAGACUCUGUCUCAGAAAAAAAAAAAAGGGAAAGAAAUAAUUCUCAUUUAUACAGGAGAGAAAUCCUAUGAAUGUAAGGAAUAUGGGAAUACAUUCAGUUUCCAAAGAUAUGAAAAGACUAACUGGAAAAAAAUCCAAAGACCUCAGAUAUUCCAGUUCUAUUCAGAGCCAUAAAAGGACUCAUACUGGAGAAAAAUUGUAGAAAUGUACAGAAUAUGGGGAAACUCUCAUUGCUCUCAUCUCCAUUCAAAGACACAUGUCAGUGCACACUGGAGAUGGAUGAUAUGAAUCGAAGAAUACACACUGGAUGGAAACGUUAGUAGUUUGGAAAAUACAGGAAACUUCAAUUUUAACAACAAUUAAAAUUCACAUAGACUGUGCACAGUGGCUGUCACCUGUAAUCCCAGCACUUUGGGAGGUUGGGGUGGGUGGGUUGCUUGAGGCCAGGUAUUCGAGACCAGCCUGGCAAACUGGAGAAAUCCCAUAUAUACAAAAAAUACAAAAGUUAGCCAGGGAUGAUGGUGUUCGCCUGUAGUCCCAGCUACUCAGGAAGCUGAGGUGGGAGGAUUGCUUGAGUUUGGGAGGUCGAGGUUGCAGUGAGUGGAGAUUGCGCCACUGGACUCCAGCCUGGGUGACAGCGAGACCCUGUCAAAAAUUAAUCAUCUGAGAACAUCCACUCGAAAGAAAUCCUAUAAAUGUAAGUAAUUUUGAAAGCCUGAUGCAAAUUAAUUAUUAUAUAAUGCUCAAAAACUUGAUCAUGAAUGAGUUAUUACACAAAGUUAUAAAUAUAUAGCAUUUAUCAGGGCUCAUUCUUUUUUCUUUUUCUUUUUUUUUUUUUUUUGAGAUGGAGUCUUGCUCUGUUGCCCAGGCUGGAGUGCAGUGGCACCAUCUCGACUCACUGCAACCUGCGCCUCCUGGGUUUGAGCAAUUUUCCUGCCUCAGCCUCCUGAGUAACUGGGAUUAUAAGCGCAUGCCACCACACCUGGCUAAUUUUAUUUUUUUAUUUUUAUUUUUAUUUUUUUUGAGACGGAGUCUCGCUCUGUGGCCCAGGCUGGAGUGUAGUGGCGCGAUCUCGGCUCACUGCAAGCUCUGCCUCCCGGGUUCACGCCAUUCUCCUGCCUCAACCUCCUAAGUAGCUGGGAAUACAGGCGCCUGCCACCACGCCCGACUAAUUUUUUUGUAUUUUUUUAGUAGAGACGAGGUUUCACCAUGUUAGCCAGGAUGGUCUCGAUCUCCUGACCUCGUGAUCCACUCCUCUCGGCCUCCCAAAGUGCUGGGAUUACAGACGUGAGCCACCGCGCCUGGCCUUUUUUUAUAUUUUUAGUAGAGACAGGGUUUCACCAUGUUGUUCAGGCUGGUCUCAGACUCCUGACCUCGUGAUCUGCCCUCCUUAGCCUCCCAAAGUGCUGAGAUUACAGGUGUGAGCCACCGCGCCUGGCCUUUUUUUUUUUUUUUUUCCGAGACACAGUCUUACUCUGUUGCCCAGGCUAGAGUGCAGUGGCACAAUCUUGGCUCACUGUAGCCUCUGACUUCUGGGUUCAAGCAAUUCUCCUGCUUCAGUCUCCGAAGCAUCUGGGAUUACAGGCGCACGCCACCAUGCCCAGCUAAAUUUUUGGUAUUUUUGUAGAAACAGGGUUUUUCCACAUUGGCCAGGCUGGUCUUGAACUCCUGACCUCAAGGAAUCCACCCUCUUCAGCCUCCCAAAGUGCUGAGAUGAUAGGCAUGAGACACCACACCCGGCCCCUGUGGCUCAUUCUUAAAAAGGAUCUUUGGAUUAUGGGUUUCCACUUUUGCAAGGAAACGUGAGAAUUCCAUAGAUACUCUUUAAGCAGUGGUACCUGAGGUUUAAUAGGAAGUGUUUUUAUCCUAAGUUAGUUAAUAAAAUUUUUUUCUAUCCAUUUUAAAGAGUGUUGGAUCUGUGGGUGAAGUGAAAUUUAUUUCUAAUAUGUAAGCAGGUUUAAUUUUUAUGUAGUGUUUAAUUGUUCUGUGAUUAAUGGGCCAUUACAAAAUGAGUCUAUUUUUGUUUGUUUUCUUUUGUUUUUGAGACGGAGUCUUGCUCUGUCACCAGGCUGAAGUGUAAUGGCGUGAUCUUGGCUCACUGCAACCUCCACCUCCCAGGUUCAAGUAAUUCCCCUGCCUCAGCCUCCUGAGUAGCUGAGACUACAGGCGCGUGCCGACAUACCUGGCUAAUUUUUUGUAUUUUAGUAGAGACGGGGUUUCAUUGUACUGGCCAGAAUGGUCUUCAUUUCCUGACCUUGUGAUCCACCCCACCUUGGCCUCCCAAAGUGCUGGGAUUACAGGAAUGAGCCACCGCGCCCGGCCCAUGAGUCUUUAUUAAUAGAGAUUUCUUGCUGGUGUUAUGUGGCAGAUUCUGCAUAUUCCUCACCCAUCAUAUGUAUUCCACUUUCCUUUAUUAUGGGGAAAACUACUUUUUUUUAUGGGGAAAACUACUCUUUUUGGCAUGAUACAAUGUUUACUCCAUUUUCUUUGCUAAUAAGGACUUGGUAUCAAUUUAUCAGUAUGUAAAGUUUACCAUAGAGUAUUGUCUCAUGUGAAUCAUUCCCAUUUUUUGCCCUUUACUCUUUGUCAUUAUUUGAGUAUUAUUUGGAUGGUUCAUUUUGACUUAAGGACAGCCCUGUGAUACGACAAUAUUUUUAUCUAAUCUGAUGGAGAAAGCAUUUAGUCUCCUGAUCAAGUAUGGUAUUAGCUGCAGGUUUUUAAUAAAUGCCUUAAUUCAGUUUGAAGAA